CUCCAUCUCCAGUGCCCAGCGGUGUGUCCAUGAAGAGUGAUGAGUCCAUGCCUGAGCCUCUUAAGAUUAGCAGUGGACCAGUCCCAUCAGGACUAAAGGAGGUUGCAGAGUCAGGAGAGAAAGAUGAUGGUGCAAUUGUUCAAGACUCAAAUAAGGAAGAUGAUAAAAUUCUGCAGGAAGUCAAAGCAAAUCACAAAGAGUGGAUGAAAGAGAAGUUUGGUGAGAUUUAUGAGUGUCUUGAGGAGGGAAAGAACAAAACACUCCUGAGUAGGAUCUACACAGAGCUCUACAUCACAAAGGGAGAGAGUGAAGGCGUCAACACUCAACAUGAGGUUCGCAGGAUUGAAACACAAUCAAAAUUCCAAAGGGCAAAUGAAGACAAAAUCAACUGUAUUGACAUCUUUAACUGUUUACUGGACCAUAAGACAAUCCGAACUGUGAUGACCACAGGCAUUGCUGGUAUAGGAAAAUCUGUAUGUGUGCAAAAGUUCAUUCUGGACUGGGCAGAAGGAGAGACCCAUCAGGAUGUUGAUUUCAUAUUUGCACUUCCAUUCCGUCAGUUAAACUUGAAACAGAAUGGUGAUGAUUCAUUCACUCUUCAUAAACUCCUCUGUGAUUUUCAUCUUAAAUUAGAUGAAAAGGUCAUAAAAACAGAAGCGUUCAGAAAGUCGAAGAUCAUAUUGAUCUUUGAUGGUCUGGAUGAGAGCAAACUCUCCCUGUUUGUAGAACAGAACAAAGACUUACAAGAUCCCUCGAAGACUGCUUCAGUGGAUGUGUUGAUAACCAACCUCAUCAAAGGCAAUCUACUGCCUAAAGCGCUUAUUUGGAUAACCUCCCGACCAGCAGCUGUCAAACGGAUCCCUCCUAAAUAUAUUGACAGGUGGACAGAAGUACAAGGGUUCAAUGACCAACAGAAGGAUGAAUACUUCAAGAAGAAGAUUAAGAAUCAAGUUGAAGCCAACACAGCCAUCGCUCACAUUAAAAGGUCAAAGAGCCUUUACAUCAUGUGCCACAUUCCUGUCUUCUGCUGGAUCUUAGCCACUGUGCUUCUGAAAAGGAUCAGUCAAGUCAGUACAAGUGACUUGCCUAAUACACUAACUGAGGUCUAUAUCUGUUUCCUGCUCACAGAGACAAGUAGGAAGGGCCAGAAAUAUGACGAGGACCAUCAACAAGAUGAUGGAAAACGUCUGCAGUCCAACAAAAAGGCUAUUUUGAAAAUAUCUGAACUAGCAUAUAAAGAACUGCUGAAGGGUAAUAUCUUGUUUUAUGAAGACAGUUUGAAAGAGUGUGACAUUAAGGAAGAUGACAUUUCAUUGUACUCUGGUAUGUGCUCUGAGUUCUUCAAGAGUGAGAUUGGAGUCGACCGACAUAAAGUUUUUUGCUUUGUGCAUCUGAGCAUUCAGGAGUUUCUGGCUGCUUUCUUUAUGUUUUACUCUUUUGUGAAGAAGAACAGAAAAGCCCUGAAACAUUUCACCUCAUUGGAAUCGUCUAGAGCAAUGACGAGUUGUCUGACUGAGUUCUUUAAGUUUGGCUUCAGAGGCCCUUCCAUGACUGAUUUUUUUAGAGCUGCAGUAGAUAAAUCCAUGCAGAAGGAAGAUGGACAUCUGGACCUUUUCCUUCGCUUCCUCUUGGGCAUCUCACUGGAGUCCAACCAAAAACUCCUACAAGGCCUUCUAACACGCACAGAGAGAAGUUCAGACAGUCUGAAGAAAACAGCCAAGUAUAUCAAAACACUUAUGAGUGAGGACACAAAAGUCCCUGAAAGAUGCAUGAAUCUGUUACUCUGUUUGUUGGAGGUGAAGGACAACUCCCUUCAUCAGGAGAUUCAGCAGUACAUGAACUCUGGAGAAGAGCUCUCACCUGCCCAAUGUUCAAGACUGGCCUACAUGCUUCUGGUGUCAGAGGAAACACUGGAUGAGCUUGACCUGGCUAAGUACAAGUCAUCAAAUGAGGGACGUAAGAGACUGCUUAUAGUAGUGAAGGCUUGUAGGAAAGCACGAUUGGUUAAUUGUCAUCUUGAAGAAGAUUCCUGUGAGGUCCUAACAUCUGCUCUUCAGUCAGAAAACUCCCUGUUGAAAGAGCUGGACCUGAGUUCUAAUCCUCUGAGGGAUUCUGGAGUGAGGUUGCUGUCUGUUGGGCUGGAGCAUACUAACUGCAGGCUGGAAACACUAAGAUUGGUUAAUUGUCAUCUUGAAGAAGAUUCCUGUGAGGUCCUAACAUCUGCUCUUCAGUCAGAAAACUCCCUGUUGAAAGAGCUGGACCUGAGUUCUAAUCCUCUGAGGGAUUCUGGAGUGAGGUUGCUGUCUGUUGGGCUGGAGCAUACUAACUGCAGGCUGGAAACACUAAGAUUGGUUAAUUGUCAUCUUGAAGAAGAUUCCUGUGAGGUCCUAACAUCUGCUCUUCAGUCAGAAAACUCCCUGUUGAAAGAGCUGGACCUGAGUUCUAAUCCUCUGAGGGAUUCUGGAGUGAGGUUGCUGUCUGUUGGGCUGGAGCAUACUAACUGCAGGCUGGAAACACUAAGACUUACUGACUGCAAACUCUCAGAGAAGUCCUGUGGAAUUGUGGCUACUGUUCUACAGUCACCAAACUCCCUGAUAGAGCUGGACCUAAGUCACAAUGACCUGAGAGAUUCUGGAGUUCAUCUUCUUUCUAAGGGACUGUCUAGUUCCCACUGCAAACUGCAGACAUUAAGGCUUGCUGACUGUAAGCUCACAGAUAAAUUGUGUGAGAUUGUGGCAUCAGUUCUACAGUCACCAAACUCCCUGCUACAGCUGAACUUCAGUAACAAUGACCCGGGGGAUUCUGGAGUCCAGCUUCUCUCUAAAGGACUGUCAAGUUCCAACAACAUACUGCAGAUAUUAAGGCUUGCUGAUUGUAAACUCACAGAUAAAUCUUGUGAGAUGGUGGCUUCAGUUCUACAGUCACCAAACUCCCUACAGGAGCUAGACUUGAGUGACAAUGACCUGGGGGAUUCUGGAGCUCAGCUGCUCUCUAAGGGACUGUCCAGUUCCUACUGCAAAAUACACACAUUAAGGCUCUCUGAUUGUCUCAUCUCAGAGAAGGGUUGUGGUGUUCUGGCUGAAGCUCUGACUUCAAACCAUCUAAAAGCGCUGGACUUGAGGCACAACACUCUUGGAGAAUCAGGACUGAAGCUGUUAUCUGCUAGACUGGAGGAUCCCUUCUGUAAACUGGCGAUACUUGAAACUGGGGCUUCUGUAAGCAGAGCACGGCCACAUUUGCUGAGAUAUGCCUGUGAUCUCACACUGGACCCAAACACAGCACACAGAAAUCUCUCUCUCUCUGAGGGGAACAGAAAGGUGACAGAUGUGAAGAAGCAGCAGCCGUAUCCUGAACACCCAGAGAGAUUUGACUCCACAUGGCCUCAGGUGUUGUGUAGAGAGGGUCUGACUGGACGCUGCUACUGGGAGGCUGAGUGGAGUGUUGAUGAUGGAGCUGCUAUAUCUGUGGCCUAUAAAAGCAUCAAGAGGAAAGGGGUCAGUGCUGACGUCACAAUGGGAUACAAUGCCAAGUCCUGGAGUCUGUACUGCUACUCUCACAGUUACUCUGUCUACCACAAUAAUGAACUCACUGACAUACCUGCCCCCUCCUCAGACUCCAGAACAGUAGGAGUUUACCUGGACUGGCCGGCCGGCACUCUGUCCUUCUACAGCGUCUCCACUAACACACUCACCCACCUGCACACGUUCCACUCCACAUUCACUGAGCCCCUCUAUCCAGGGUUUGGGGUUUGGGGCUCCUCAGUGUCCCUGCGCAAGAUCACAUGAGCUCGUCCUCCAACAGCACGUCCACAUGUCACCCUUUCUCUCUACUCCCCCUCCCUUCUCUUCUUCUCUUCAUCUCUCUCUCUCUCUUAUCCCUUACUCUCUACCUCUCUUUCUGACCCUUCGUUUUCUCUGUCUCCUCCCUUUUCCCUCUUCCACUCAUUCUCUCUCCCUCACCCCCUCCUCCCUUUCUCUUCUUAUCUUUCUCUUUUUCAUCCACCUGUUUGGGGCUGAUCCAUUUUCAGAUUUGUGUGUGUGUGUGUGUAAGAGAGAAAGCUGUUGUCUAUUUUGCACACUUCAUCGUAAUCCCUCUUUCUACACUUUUCUCUCUCUCUCUUCCCCCUCUUCUCUUCCUUCUCUCUUUCUGUAUAAAUGAGGCCAUUUCACCAACUGCAAAAUUCAAACACAAAUUCAUCAACACAAGACACUCCGUAACAUUCCGCAGUAGCCACGUAACCGUAGCAACAUCCAACUUAAAUUGCAACAUUCCGCAGUAACCAUGUAACCGUAGCAACAUUCAUUCUCUGUGGCCCUGGCAGUUGAGCAUGCUGCAGGAACACCCAGUCACACACUCCUGUUCAUACACAAGUGUAAUGCUAUUGAGAUUAUAUUAUAGUAUUUAUUUAUUUUCAUUAGGCUAUUGAUUGAAUUGACAUUGGUGUGUUAUUAUUGCCAUUCUCCUUAAUGUAGUCUUACCAACUUUUUUAAUUGUUUACUGUUACAAAAUAAAUUACAAAAUUAAUAAAUUACAAAACUACCAUAACCAUAUUGAUAUUUAUUCACUGUAUAGGCUACUGUUUGGGUGAUACUAUAGAAAUGCUGUAUAGGCUACUGUUUGGGUGAUACUAUAGAAAUGCUGAUGUUGAUUUCUUCAUAUUUUGCGCUUUUCCUAAAAUGAAUGAGUGGAUCAUAAGAAUGUUUCAGCAACAACAUGAUGAAUUGAAUAAUAUAUUAAUAAAUAAUUGAAAAUUAUUUGCUGGUCUGGGGGUGUCAGUGUUUCUAUAUGUGUUCACACAGAACUAUAAAACAUGCUUGUUUUUCUGACUUACAAUAUGUAAAUAAAAUGUGUUUCUGACUUUAAAAUGUCUAAAUAAAAAAUCUGAAAGGA